AUGGCCUAUGGAGAAGCAGAAGAAUCGUACCUCCCAGGCCGUGAUAGUCGGGAGAUUACCGUUGGAUCUUCCUCGCGCCUUCAUCGCAAUCCCUCGGAGCAGGGGGGCUGCACUAUAAAUGAGAGUUUUCCAGAAGUCUCCCAGCUGGAGUCUACGGAUCUGUGCAGAACCCGACAAGGCAGCGAAAACUCUCCAGGAAUCCAAAUCUCCUCUCCCCGCUCUGGGGGUGACACCACUUUCCUUGUUCGGUCCUUCUGCCAGAGCAUCUGCAAGAACUACAGUGACCUCCACAUCGGUGGUGACCAGGUUCUUCCCCUAUCAGCCAACGUUGAGGAGCAGGUGCAUGUCGACGCCCAGGCAGUCGGUCCCUUCUUACAGUCAUGUGAUGUCCCCCCGCCUGGCGAGGACUCUCCUCCACGUGGAGCUGCACAGAUUGCCCUAAUGCUGCCUCUCAGGGGGGGCUCCAAUCACUGGAGAAACGGCAGUGGUCGAGAUCGGAGCUUUUUGUUACAAGGGCGAGAAGGACCUUUCACCAACUCCCUUCUAAACAGCUACCUGGAACAGAAGCUUCUAGAUCUGUACCAGCAGUACAUGAUGGAGAACAUGGCCAGGAAUUCUGGCCCCGUUUGCCCUCUGCUGGGCUCAGAAAUGAUCAUGACCAGCCUAGACCAGAUCACCUUACAGCUCAGCCGAGAUGGGAAUCUAGAGGCCGGUGUGGCCAAGGACAUGGUGCUGUCGUGCUUUCUGAGGGUGGCUGGGGAAGUGGAGUCAAGCGAGAUCAGCACACCGGUCCUUCAGAUCUCCAGUGAUGCCUCCAGGGAGCAUGUAAACCAACACAAAGAGCAAUGA